ACAGACAGACAGAUAGAUAGAUAGAUAGAUAGAUAGAUAGAUAGAUAGAUAGAUAGAUAGAUAGAUAGAUAGAUAGAUAGAUAGACAGAUAAGUACAUAUAACAGGUAGGACUGACCAGGUGAUAAUUUAAAGCACAUCAUGUGAGCGUCUGAUGGCAACAACAACAACUGGAGGCAGUUUAUCAGACAUGAGACGAGGGGCAUUCAGUUGGUUGUGAUCUGCAAACUCACUAGACGUCGCUGCGUAACUACAUCCUGUAAGCUAUGUCCUGCAAACUGAUGGGUCCACCUGUGGGACCCUGGGAGCCUUGUGAGGCUCAGCAGGGUGGAGGUCAAUGUGGAGGGUUACAGCAGGUGGAGACAGACGGCUGAUGGACAUCUGGUCUGACCUUUGACCUCAUCCCGUCUUUACUGGUUUUUGUCCACACAGCUGAUCAGGUCCGGCCUCACGCUGUCUGUGAUGAGAGGGUCGAGGUGGUUCUUGAUCCAGACCCUCCUCACCCAAUCAGGAGUCAGAGCUGGUGAUCAUGUGACAUAGACAGAGUUCAGUCUGUGCGUUGACACCUGAGGUGUGUAUCCAACUGUUCACUUAAUAAUUCAUCUACUGAUAUCACACUGCUCCUGUACCUGGAACAAAGCUCCGCCCACUUACACCUGACUGCCUUAAUAUCUCGCGCACACACACACACACACACACACACACACACAGGUCACCACGGAUCACUGCACGCCUCAGACAACAGUUGCACCUGCAGCUUCAUCUCAGUUAGAUCUUGACAGACAUCAGACUCUCAGGAUGGCGAACACAGUAGCUGAACUGGCCCGGAGGAAGGCCCGGGAGGAGGAGGGCGCCGGGAGUCGGGCCAACGCUGUCCCAUUCAACCAGCAGGACUUUGAGCGUUUGCGGAGCGAGUGUCUGCAGACCGGCUCGCUGUUCUGCGACCCGACCUUCCCCGCAGACUGGGACUCUCUAGGAUACAACCAGCUGGGACGCUACUCCUCCAAAACCAUCGGGGUGGAGUGGAAACGACCCACGGAGCUGUGUUCUGAUCCUCGCUUCAUUGUUGAUGGAGCGAAGAGAACAGACAUCUGUCAGGGAGAGCUGGGUGACUGCUGGCUGCUGGCUGCCAUCGCCUCUCUGACUUUGGACCCGGCCAUCCUGAACAGAGUGGUUCCUCCGGGUCAGAGCUUCAGCUCGCAGUAUGCCGGCAUCUUUCACUUCCAGCUGUGGCAGUACGGGGAGUGGGUGGACGUGGUCGUGGACGACCGGCUGCCCACCAGAGACGGAAAGCUGCUGUUCGUCCACUCGGCGGAGGGCAGAGAGUUCUGGAGCGCCCUGCUGGAGAAAGCCUACGCCAAGGUGAACAGCUCGUACGAGGUUCUGAUUGGAGGGUCCAGUAUCGAGGGAUUUGAGGAUUUCACCGGAGGAAUCUCAGAGAGCUACGACCUGAAGGAAGCUCCGCCCUUCCUGUUUAACAUCAUGAGGAAGGCGCUGAAGCUUGGCUCGCUGCUCGGCUGCUCCAUCGACAUCUCCAGCUCAUAUGAGACGGAGGCUGUCACUAGUCAGAAGCUGGUUAAAGGCCACGCCUACUCCAUCACAGCAGCACGGCAGGUUCAUCACUUUGGUUCUCCUGUGGAGCUGCUGAGGAUCAGGAACCCCUGGGGUCAGGUGGAAUGGACCGGAGCCUGGAGCGACAAUUCGAGGGAGUGGGACGGGGUGGAGCCGGAGGAGAAGAAGAAGCUGGAUCACGUUGCUGAUGAUGGAGAGUUCUGGAUGUCCUACACCGACUUCCUGCGUCAGUUUUCCCGCCUUGACAUUUGUAACCUGACACCCGACACGCUGAGCAGUGACAAGUUCAGUCGCUGGAACUACGGCGAGUUUGAAGGAGUGUGGAGGGUUGGCUCCACGGCCGGAGGCUGCAGGAACUACCCGGCCACGUUCUGCUCCAACCCUCAGUUCUUCAUCCGCCUCGAGAACGUUGACGACGAGCCGCACGACGGCGAAGACGGCUGCACCGUCCUGAUUGGUCUGAUGCAGAAAGAUGCUCGAAGAGAAAGACGCUUUGGACGAGACCUGAACACCAUCGGAUUUGCCAUCUACCAGGUUCCUGAUGAGUAUAAAGGACGCAGUAAGGUCCACCUGGGCCCGGAUGUCCUGCUGAGAAGGGCGGCGGUGGCUCGCAGUCAGAACUUUAUCAACCUGAGGGAGGUGUGUGAGCGCUUCAAGCUGCCGCCAGGAGAGUACGCCAUCAUCCCGUCCACCUUCCAACCGCAUCGCAAAGGAAGCUUCAUCCUGAGGGUGUUCACCGAGAAGCAGGCGCACACCAGUCCGAUGGAGGAGGACCUGGACGCUGACAUCCAGGAGCCGGACGUCAGGCACAAUGACGUGGAUCCUCACUUCAAGCGUCUCUUCGCUCAGGUGUCUGGAAACGACUGUGAGAUCUCUGCCUUUGAGCUCCAACACGUUCUGGACAAAGUCAUCUCUCAGAGGUCUGAUGUGAAAAGUGAUGGUUUCAGUCUGCAGACCUGCCGCAGCAUCAUCAGCCUGCUGGAUCUGGACGGCAGCAGUAAACUGGGUCUGCUGGAGUUUCACCAUCUGUGGACAAAGAUCCAGAAAUACCUGGAGGUCUUUAAGAGUCAUGACUCAGAUGGUUCUGGUUCGAUGAGCAGUCACGAGAUGAGAGCAGCGCUGGCUGAAGCAGGGUUCCAGCUGAACAGCGCCGUGAUCCAGGAGAUCGUGGGUCGGUACGCUGACUCCAGUUUUGCCAUCGACUUUGACUGUUUCGUCAGCUGUCUGAUCCGUCUGGAGCUGCUCUUCAAAAUGUUCAGAACUCUGGACAAGAAGAACCAGGGGAAGAUUCAACUGGACCUGCAGCAGUGGCUUUGCCUCGCCAUCAACUGACAACUGCCUGCUCCAAGUGCAUGCUGGGAGUUUUCUGUUAUUUGUUCCUGUUGAUUUGAAUGAAAAUGUAGUUUAAAUAAAAUCACCAUCAGUAACAGGAAAUGUGUCUACACCCACCUUUAAUAAACAGUAAGUGAGUCAUCACUCACCUUUAAUAAACAGUAA